AAUCGUAUUUUUUCAAUAACUGCAACAACGCCGGACAAACUGAUGGCGAUUCAGGUUAAGACCUGGGGCUGUUUUUCUUCCGGCUCUCCUCGCAAACGAGACAGUCUUUGGUCAUGGUUGGUCUGUGCUUGUGCUUUGAUGACUUGGGUUGCGUCGCUCGGCCUUCUCUUCAGCUUUGGGAUAUUUUUACCUGUGUUUAUGGAUUAUUUUAACGAAUCCAGGGAAGCUACAGGUCAGUAAGUCCAUAGACAUUUCGUAAUUCAUGUAACGAUUUUAAUUUUAUGGCGACCGAAACAACGCCGGUUGUUUUCGGGAAAAAGAAUACGCAUAAAUUUUUGGUCAAAUAUGAGCUUAAUUAUUCAUGUCCGUCGUAUUACUGGAUAUUACCCGGGCGGCAUUCAACGAAGUUUUGUACGGUGAGACUCCGCCCCGAUGUCCAAGCCCCUACCCCCUGCCAUUUUUGACAGAAUAGGUACCCCACUUUUCGUAUACCUUCUUUCGACAAACGAAUACCCCUUUCCUUUACCUAGUUCAGUGCACCGCAUCUCGAUGUUUAACUGCUGUAAAUAAUAAUCUUAUCAAUAAAUCACUAAACCCAGUUUAAAAUUAAGUGUUUUUGUCUCUUUCGCGGCCAAAAAUGAGUCCUUAGGGUCUUUUUACAGACCGAGAUGACAGAUUUCCCUUCUCUUUCAUAUACUUUAACUAGUAAAACCCUAGCUACCCUACCCUGCGAGCAGAGGCCCUUCGAUCGAAGGGCCUCUGCUCGAAGGGUAUAGCUACCCUUUCACAUGCCAGAAAGCUGAAAAAGGUAUACUGUACUCAUAUCGGGAGGGGCCUUCCUGUAUAAGCCAUUAUAGGAAGUACCAACGGGGAAUUCACUAUGCAAAGAAGUCAAAACAAGUGAUUUUUAUAGCUUAUUCCAUGUAUACUCUUUCUGGAAUGGGGUCAAUCUAAAGAAUUCUAAGUCUGCUGAUUGAAAAUUUUAAAACCGUGACUACAUUUAGUAGAUAGCAGCCUCUGCAUGUUGGAAAUUGCAUGCGUGAUUAACAAAUGUAUUGGACCAUGUUGGUAUCUUUCCAGUUCAGAACAUAAAUAGCGUCCUAUAUUAACUCCAUCGAACAAAAACAAAAGACAUAAGAAAAUAGUUUUUUUUCGGUGAGAGAGCUUCGCUAAAACCAAUUUUUUUCAAUGUUUAAAAGCAGCUAUUACAGCAUGUGCGACAUCUAAUUAUGUGCUACUACAAUUUACCAUCCCUUGCUUUCACAAGAAAAAUGCUAUCAUUAAACUGCUACGUAUUUAUGUCGCGCUACUUACUAUUUCAGUUGUAGAAAUCUAAAAUGUGUCUUUGCAUCAACUGAAUUUCAAAAAUAUUGGUACACUUUUGUUAUUUGCUGGUUCAUAGUAACUGAUUUCCAAUAACGUGGAACUUGACAUUUAUUAUUCUGGUAUUUUUCUGCAGCUUGGGUUGGUUCUUUAGCCAUAGCCAUAACUUUCUUUACUGGACAAGUGUCGAAUGCUCUUGUCACGCGGUUUGGUUGCCGCAUCACUACUCUGAUCGGCGGAGUAUUUUGCACAGUGAGUUUGAUAUGCAGCUCCUUUGUAGACAACAUGAAGGUUCUUUUCUUCACGUACAGUCUUCUGUUUGGCUUGGGCUCCAGUUGUGUAUUCUCGGCAGGUCUGGUUGUAAUAAGCCAGUACUUUAAGAAGAGACAGUCGCUUGCAACUGGUUUACUGACAGGUGGACAUGGCGGUGGGGUACUAAUUAUGGGACCCACAUUGGAGGCCCUCAUAAGAGCCAUUGGUUGGAAGAAUGCUUAUCGUAUNUUUGUUAUUUGCUGGUUCAUAGUAACUGAUUUCCAAUAACGUGGAACUUGACAUUUAUUAUUCUGGUAUUUUUCUGCAGCUUGGGUUGGUUCUUUAGCCAUAGCCAUAACUUUCUUUACUGGACAAGUGUCGAAUGCUCUUGUCACGCGGUUUGGUUGCCGCAUCACUACUCUGAUCGGCGGAGUAUUUUGCACAGUGAGUUUGAUAUGCAGCUCCUUUGUAGACAACAUGAAGGUUCUUUUCUUCACGUACAGUCUUCUGUUUGGCUUGGGCUCCAGUUGUGUAUUCUCGGCAGGUCUGGUUGUAAUAAGCCAGUACUUUAAGAAGAGACAGUCGCUUGCAACUGGUUUACUGACAGGUGGACAUGGCGGUGGGGUACUAAUUAUGGGACCCACAUUGGAGGCCCUCAUAAGAGCCAUUGGUUGGAAGAAUGCUUAUCGUAUAAUGGCUGGCGUUGCCUUUGUUCUCUGUUCGCUUGCCAUAACGUUUGAUCCCAACGUGGAGAAAGAUGCUGAAGAGAAAGAUAAGGGCGAAAGAGAAGAAGUCAAGGAGGGUGAAAACGAUAGUUUAAUUCGUACCAAAAUGAAGAAGAUCUUUGAUUUCUCCGUGUGGAAAGUGCCUCCAGUGAUAGCUAUCGUUCUUGCUGCUUGUGUGGUGGAGUUUGGCCAUUUUGUUCCGCAGAUUCACUUGGUAAGAUAAAGUGAUUAUAUUGCUAUAAUUGGAAAUCAGUUUAGGCCACACGUAUCCGGAUUUUUUUUUUUUUGAAUCCGCAACUCUUUCGUCCCGGAUUUAAAAAUUUCCUCGUACUUCACGUAUCCAACCCGUAUCCGGAUUCACUCUAGUACCAGGACUCCUCUGGGAAUAUUGGCAACAGAGCAUGGGUCGUAAAGCGCGUGAAAUUUGCAUCUUGCUCAGCCUUUCACGGUAAAGAACUGGGCUCGAUUUUGUUACCUCACCGGCUAAAAAAUAUCCUGAUUUACCGUCCACAAGAUUCCGGAUUCAUAGCGUAUUCAAAACUUUUCACUCUUGAGAGCGGAUUCAAAAAAAGUUCGGGAUUCGUAUGCGGGAUUCAUCGCAUACGUCUGUACGGAAGCUUUAUCCGGAAAGAAAAAGUUGGGGAUUAAAAAAUAUCCGGAUACGUGUGGAUGAGUCCUUAUUAGUGUCACUUUUCAUUAUAUACUACAAGAUAUCACAAGUCGGUAAGAAAAGCAGAUAAGUUAUGCCUCGUAUGGGUUAGUUAGCCUUUCGAGCAAGCUCUCCGGGAACCUUUGGCGGCCUGGCCCCUCGUCCCCGUCAGAGCUCCCUGGAUAGCUUUCUCGCAGGCUACGUAUGAGUUUAUACGUCUCUGAUUAAUGCUUGUGUAGUUCGACUUUGUAAUACAGUAAAUGCAUAAAAGUGUCAAAGAAACCCAGGCAAUUUACCUUCUUUGCUUGUAUGCCAUAUUUUCCCAGUGUAGUUUAGAUGACGUUCUCAAGGAAAUAAGCCCUUUUUCUUUAAAUAAAUUAUGCCUACACUUGUAAGAACGAGAACAAUUUGACAAAAAUUUUGAAUGAAAAAGUUUUUUCAAGUAAUAGAAAAUAACCUUUAUUCUGGGGAAACAGUCCAUACAAGCUUCAGGGGUCCAUGAGGUUCAGAGUAAUGGUGUUAUCUGACUCACUUUUAUUUCAUUCCUAACCUGCAAUUCAACAAUUUUUUAUUUAUAUUACUUUUAGAUUCGUUACUGUGAAGACCUUGGGAUUUCGGCUGAAAAAGCAUCAAAACUCUUUAUUUACUACGGUGGUUGUUCUGCUAUUGGUCGCGUGCUUGCUGGCAUUCUUUGCAGCCACAGGAGAAUAAAUGCGUUCUUCAUCUUCCAGGCAGCCGAAUUUGUGGCAGGGCUAAGCACAAUUCUUGUAACUCUAACUUCUUCUUACUCCUGGCUUGUCGUUUAUAUUGUGAUUUACGGACUCAGCGAUGGCUUUUUCUUCACCAGUCUAAGUAUCAAUCUUCUGACUGCCUGUCCUUUGAAGACUCCUGCAGUUCUCGGAUGGGAGAUGCUGUUAGCGUCCUUGACCCUGGCUAGUGGUCCUCCGUUGGCUGGUAUGUGUAUUAGCUUGUAUUGUUAGUGGUACCAAUUUAAACACUGAAGCACCAUGGCUGCUACUACCGGGGUGAUAUGGUUGUGCGCAUGGGUAAGGUACUGGACAUACCGCGGAGUUGGUACGUGUGCUUCAGUCGGCUUAAAUUGGUAUUUAUUUAUUUAUUUUUCCAAGUACCUGCUCUCCAUCUCUACGAUGAUUCUUAGCAAGAGAAGUUAGCAAGAUUGUUAGUAGUAGACUCUGCUAGGCUCCCGGGCGUUCACGGCAAAUGCCACGAGAAAAGACAGAAAGUGAAAAGGGUUUAAGUAGCCUCCACGCCUCGCAGGCGAUCGUUUCUAUUUUAGUUUGUUGCAAUUAUGUUAGCCUUUGCCAGGCUCUCAGAUAAUAGGGACGUUGCGAUAAUAAAACAAGCCAAGCGAAAAUAAAACGCGCGGGAUCUAGGAAAGGGGCCGGUGGCUGUGAUGGGCAUCUUCUCUCUCACCAACUCCCGCUCAUUUUUCGCGCCACUUUUUACUGCACUGCUGCAUUUUACUAAAGUUGAAAUUCUCUACAACGGCCACCUUGGGAACAGAAGAAACUAGCCGUUGUAAAGAGGUGGCCGUUGUAGAGAGGUGGCCGUUAUAGCGGAGGUUCGACUGUACAUUGAAGCCUGACGAAACAGGUUACAAUGAAAACCUGCAACAGGCGAUUGUUUUAGUUUUCCUAGUCACUGUAUUGAUGCAACGCGCUGUAUAUAUAUAUUUCCCUUGUUUUUGAAAAAGUAACCCCAGCUUUAAAAUUUGAUUGAAUUUUUUGAAAUGUGAUUGUUUUGGGGAACGACUAUCGAUUUUGUACCCAUUUUCGUUUUGCUCAUGUAUUUUGUACAGUAUCAAAGCAAUCCAUUGUUGCCUUUAAAGCAAGCAUGGUGUAUCUUGAUGAUACAAGUAAGGUUGGACGAUUGUAUCAAACCUUAUAACUUUAUGUUCUCCAGAACCCAGAUAAUUGAUCUAAGCUUUAUGACUGGUUAGUUGAGAACGUCAGGACCAAGUCUGAGAUAUACAGUGAACGAUAUUACGUAAUCGCUGGAAUAAUCAUUAAUUGCGGCAAGUUUCUGUCUAAAAUAUGGGAUGGUGGUAUGGUUGACUGGUUAGCGAGUUCUGACUCAGUACAAUCCGCAGGGGUUCUGGGUUCCAUGUUUAGUCUUGUCGCGUGUUGAAUUCUCGGCAAUGCUUUUAAAUAUCAAACUAGUUGACCUCCUAUCAUUGUUCUGAUCCUUUUUCUGGUUAUUUAACUAUGAACUAGCUGCAGCAGGCAGGUGCACUUCCACCUACAAUAUAGCUUCUGAAUUUUGCUGCAUUUUGGUGUAGUGGAGAAAUUCAUAGCCCGAUGUCGAAUUCUCUGCUAGAGAAUUUACCCGGCGCUUUUCGGUAACUUGCUGAGAACCAAACGUUUCUGAGAAAUAUAUUCUCUGCUUGAUCUCAGAUCAUAUCAAAGCUUUCAUCCUAGUCGUUUCAUUUUAAUUAUUUAGGUAUGGCAGCAGACAUGUUGGGUUCGUACGUUAUCCCUUUUCAAGUAGCUGGUGGUAUCACUAUAGCAGGAUCUUUUAUACCUUUUAUGUUGCUGUGCUACAAACGUCAGGAUAGCUACACCUCCUCCACGUGGUCAGGAGACGAAGAGGCUAAAAAGCUUGAGGAAGUGGCUUGA